AUAGUUUUGUUUGAAUUUGAAAAUGGCUGAGCACCAGAAAACGAAAAUCUGUACAUCUUCUUCACGGGUUUUUCGAUCAACUAAGGGACGAGGGGCUCGCCAUUGUCACCAAGGCGGUUGCUUCUCGUCGUGCUGGUUCCUACAUAUUAUAGUCUCUCUAGGAGGUUUUCCUGUGUUUAUUCGUAUUUUUUGCUUUCUAUUGAUUCUCGACCUCGUGAGCAUUUUGUCCAACAUAUCCAAAAUCCUUGGACGUCAUGAACCAGAUUAUCAACAAUGUCGUCGAGACUCGUUACAACCCUUUGAUGCCUGCUCCCCAUCGUUUCCUCUGCAUUCGCAACCAUUUGCCGGCUCCCCAGUCGAUGGCACUGCUCCUGCUCUCCGGAGAAGAAGCUGUGGAGCAGGAGGACCACUUCCAUUAGUCGUAGCUGCAGCCAGCGCUCCUCCAGUGGGUACUACGCCUAGUGGCUUGCGGUCAUCGAGCGCGAGGCUAGAGGCGAAUAAGGAUGGAUACUUCGUGGAAUUGGAUUCUGCCAUCCAGGUGAUCGAAGACUGCGACUAUUGGGCAGGGUUCCACCUUGGUUAAGGCUAGUUUUUCACUAUCGAUUCCGUUUGGACCGUUUAUUGGACUGAGUGAGAACAAGUAUUCCGUUUUUUUAUAAUUAUUGGAAUUGGACCAAGUAUCCCGUUUGGACCGUUUAUUGACCUGAGUGAGAACAGAUUUUUGCUGUGAUCCCCAUCCCGUGUGGACUGAAACGUGAAUGCUGUUGAGUGAAAUGCAAAUGUCCCUUGAUUUAGGGGGGACGAAGCCAAGGCGAAAAAGUAGGGGAACUCGCUCAUGUCAGCCACGGAAGGUCAAGGUGAAAAACUAGCGCUAACUCGGGAGUUCGUCGAUAGCACGUCUCCAACGAGCAUGGCGAGAGCCUCAUUUAAACGGCACAAUAACGUGGGACCCGAGUGCCCAGUGGGAGGUGUUCACGACAGCAGCGCGAGAGCGAAAUCGCACUCUGUUGUGGCGAGAAGAUGGCGUCUCAGAGCAGCAAGCGGAAGAGAUCUGCGAGAAGAAGUAUGGCCACGACGGAGAGGAAGAGGUCGAAUCCAGGAACACGACAAAGACAAACAAGAAGAACAAUCGACUAUCCUGCGUCGAGGGAUACCACGUGAGCGAAUAUGCCCGCUGCGUUCGUGACGAGGCUCGCAGUAUGGCUCGCAUGUGCCGCUACAUGUGGAAUCUGCUUCGAGAAGAGCUUCCUAGACGUGCAGCAGUGCGGAAAACAACGUACUUCCAAGAGCUUGUAGCUUUAGGUGACCUCGGAAACGUUCUGGUGGAACAUCAGGUUGAAGAUUCUAAUGUUGACCUUGACGUCAGCAAAAGGACAGGAGCUACAACUUCUGGACCUCGAGGAACAUCCACAUCAAAUAGCACAAGAAGCACUGGCGCAGUCGCGGAUGUGCAACAACAUCCACCUCAGCACAGCCUCAAGGAUUUCCGCAUGUCCAGUUCUUGCGCCACGGGUCUGCAUAAGUCGAUUGGGUGGACACUGGGCACUGUCGGUGUCCUCGAGGCGGCCUUUCGCCUGCUGGUGCGUCAGAUUGUGGAUGCUACCGGAACUGAAGCGCCAUUCAACGACAUUUUCAACGGGCCGGAAAUGUUCCGUCUCCGCGACAGUGAGAAUUUGUUAAACCGAUGGUGGAUUCCGAAACCGAACACGAAAAGCAGUGAUGUUGUACCACGACCGAACGAAAGUAAUGCAGUUGCAGUCGCAGUAGAAGAAGAUGAAAGGCCGACAUCUAUGCUGUCUCAACUUCCGUUCUUCGACCGCAUGGAGCUGCUCGAAGGGACCGGUGAGCUUGGUCGACAAGCACUCAGGGAAACGUAUCUUCAGCGCAGAAGUAUAGGUACAAGAACAAGAUCGAACUCGCGGAACGAGGUGGAGGUGAAGCGCCAUUCGCAGUUAACGGUACCCCGACUACACGAGAUACUGGUGAAGGAAAUCAAUCGUCUUGGUCUCGUCCUCGACCGGCACGUCAUCCAGCCUUCGCAGAAGGUUGGACUCAACCGUACGGCGUCUAGUUGAUCGACAACAUCCGCAAUGUUGCUUGUGCCGUUUGUGGCAAAAGUAGAUAUUGUAGUAGUACUUGCACUAGACUCCGUAGAAGUAGAGGACUCGUUUUGCUAGUACUGCUGGCAGCUACGUAGUACGAACGUCGUCAAGAAAAUGAUCGUGUCUAUCUAAAAUAGUAAUACUGUCUACUGCUCUCCCACUCCCUCUCUCACAUUCUUGAUACAGCACUAAAAGGCACUAGUUCACCUCCACCUCCAACAAGUGCUUUUUCAUUUUGGAGAAGAUAGGAACUCGAUGGGUCGAUUUCCAAGUCACGGUCACCUCCGUGUGGCGUUCCUGGCAAGACCUGUUUAUGCAGGCAAUCAGCAGCCUCAUGCAUGACGUUGCCUUGCGGGCCAAAUGGUUUCUGGUGACUCUGCGAGAGCAGCAGCAGGUCGCGAGGCGUACGCCGUUGCCUAUGAAAAAAAAAAGUCCGUACCUACAAUUGACUUGGCCGACUUCUGGAUGGACGAUGUCUCUAGGCGUGAGGCGGUGGCGCGUCUUCUGUGACCUCGCGACGAAGGCAUUGAUGGAGAAGGUUCAUCUUACUAAAGAGCUGCUUCGCAACAGCAGCACAACUACACCAGGAGCGACGCGAGGAAAACGAAAAAAACCAGAAGUAGUACUACGACUUCUCGAAGUCGGUGUCUUUGAUGCGCGGACCACACGCCGGAUGUUGCAGUGGUGUGUCCGGGAAAUGGACACGUUGCUGAGGGAGAAACAGAAGAUGUCUAUGGAUGAGACAGUGGAACCUGAAGAAUCUUUCGAAAAAUUGCCGACUCCCGGAACGUCUUCGGAAUCGAAGCCACAGGUCGUACCGUCUUUUUUCCUCCAGUACCACGGCAUCGAUCCGUGGCAGAGUGAGAAUCGAGAAUUCGCGCUUAUGCGAGAGCACAUAGGUGUCGCGGACGAGGUUCGGACGGAAUCGAUUGUCAACAAUGCGCCUUCUCUGCGGGAUUCAAGGCGUGCAGAUGGGGAGGACGUCUUUGUGGCGGUCCAGAAGUCGCUUGAGGCAGUAGUGAAUCCGCAUUCAACUAUUUCUGCACUAGGUGGAACGGGAACCGACGGUCAGAUGAAGGUCGUAGUUGAUGAGACGAUGUCGGCGUUGGCCAGAGAUAUUGGAAGUGGGCGAGAGCCGAUAAGCAGUAAAGGACCUUCACAGCCACCUGGAGAAUAUGGAUCAAACGCAAACAAGGGUGCGAGUCAAGAACUACGAGAUCGACACUAUGCGACUUUGUCGUCAUGGCAUGUUUCGUCGUUUCUUACGACUUCGCCACCAGCAGCCUCCAAGAAUUCUGAAGGAGGGUCACCUAACAAGCACGGAAUCACUUAUAUCGAUUACAGCGACGUAGAGGAUGCAGCAGUAGAUGAGGCAGCGUUGAAUUCAACAAACCCAAGUAGAAGUCUGGAAAGCAACCUUGCUGAAGUAGAUGCAGCACCAGUGAUUGAUCCUCAAACUCCAGGAAUCUUCAUCCACAGGGGAACGUCGCUGCAAGCCUCCAAGCGGAUAGCAGAGGUGGACGUCACGUUCAUUGAUGGGGAUCACAGCUACGAAGGCUGCUCGACAGACAUCGCUCUUUUCGCGUCGAAAACCAAACACUUUAUGCUACAAAUUGACCUUGAUUUCAAUUGCUCGACAACAUAAUUAUACAACUAGAAGAUGUGCACGUGUGUGUCUGUGUGUAUUGGUGUAUGAGGACCUUCUAAAAAAUGAUUUUGAUAAUUGCUCAAUCCACUUCCACAUCACUAUCCACUUCCACACCAUUUCCUUUUCCGUCAUUUUGAAGGUAGAGGUACUGCAAAUGAUCGUGACUCCACAAGGUGAUCGUGAUAGUCCCAUUUCGUCAUCAUCCUUCGCGCCCCUUGUCAUAGACGACAUCAGCGGACAUGACUUCAACGCAGAUCGCUUUGUCGGGGUGUGUGAUGCUGUCCUUGAGGCUUUUGGGACUGAGCGCAUCACGCUUGAUGCGGACUACACUUGGUGGCUGCCGGCAAGAACCACUGGGAUUAAUUGAUUUAAUAAGGGGAUGCAUAUUAAGCGUUGACUCGUCUUCCUGUCCCAAUUACUGAAAACCGUAAUCCGUUUCCAAGAGAAGACUUCUAUUUACGCUUCUCACUUCGUUCAUUUCUCAAUCGUAUCUGAUGGCUGGGGUUGUAAUUCUAACACCUAUCAGACCUG